AUGGUGAGUGGCACAGUAACAGACAGACAAAACAUUCGAUUGAAAACAAAAGUGUGUGUGUGCAGAACGGCUUUCGUUUUAUUUUCAUUCAGUCAAUCUGUAUAUUGUUUUACAGCAGGACGAGACGGCACCACUCCUUGACACGUCUCACAAGAAACGAGGUGAGCUGAAAUUUUACUGCAAAGACUUUGAUUUUGCACAAAAUAAUCUUUUUUCUGCAAAGAACUUUUCAAGUAUGUAUUGUUUCUUUGCAGUGUACUCAACAACCGGGGAUACUGUCGAUAUGGGUCAAGAGAAGGAAGAGCCCCCUCCGAAAGCCGCUUUCAAUGAGACAGAACUGACCGUCGGCGAGGAGGCUUGCCGGAUGUUCGCGUACAAAUGUACACCAAAAAGAACGGUUUGAUCAAAAACAGAAUAGUUAUCAACUAGAAGUUCCCAAAUUUCAGAUAAUUUUCUGGAUGCUCACCUUCGCGACGCUUGGAUUCUAUCGCCUAUUUGCCUACUGGAUCAAGAGCUUGUUGGUGACCGUCAGAUUUGAGGAGACUAGUCAUGAGGACGCCGAGUUCGUUGUGAUCGAAGACAGUCAUGGGACCAAGACAAUCAAAGAAAUCGCCAGCAAACAGUGUGCCAAAGGCUUCAUUCGUCCAUCGGUAAGCAUUGGAAAGUGAUGGAAUAUUUGCACAGUUGCCCAUUUCAGCGUAGUGGACGUAUGGAGAAGGUUCAUUCGAUGCGUUUCUUUUUCUUUAGAAAAAUUAAAUAUAUAUGGUAUGAAAAAGAACAACAGUGGCUGAAUCCCGCGGAUCUCGACAGCUCGGUCAGUUGGUGGCUUUACUCCUCUGAAAUAACUUCUUAAUUUCAGGCACCUUUCAUUCUGUUCAAGAACAGUGCAAAUGAAACGCAAGGACUAGAACAAGAAGAAAUUGAUUCCCGACGCGAGAUUUACAGCUCGAACUCGCUGACCGUCCGUCUCACUCCCCUCCUCAUUAUCCUCUUCAAAGAGGUUUUAGGACCGUUUUAUCUGUUCCAGGCGUUCUCGUUAGUCAAAAUAGACCGAUUCGAGAUCAAAAAGAAUACAUUGUGUUUUCAGAGUCACUCUUUGGUACAUCGACCAGUAUGCGUAUUACGCGACUGUUAUUAUAAUCAUCACAGUUGGCAGUGCUGGUUAUUCUGUGUAUGCUAUGAGAAAACAAGAGAAACGCAUACGAACUUUGGUAGGUGACAGUCCAAUGGUCACUUUGCGCCGAGGAGGAGAAGAUAUUGACAUUGACGCUUCACAGGUUUUCUGCUCAUUUCAGAACUUUUUCCGUGUAGACAGAAUCAUUCAGAUUGUACCCGGAGAUAUCAUUAUCCUUCCAUCCCAUAAUUUUGUUCUACCCUGCGAUUGUCUGCUGAUGAACGGAACUGUGAUUGUUAACGAAGCAAUGUUGACAGGAGAGAGUGUUCCUGUGACGAAGGCAUCUCUCAAAGAGGCCGACGCUUGCGGAUUCGAAGUUCGACUUUCCCCAGAAAGACACAACAGACACACAUUAUUCUCCGGAACCACAAUUCUCCAGACUCGAAACUACAAAGGACAGAAAGUCAUGGUUAGUGUUAUAUCAUCAUCAUCAUCAUCAUCUUUCAUAGUUACUUUUAGGCUCGAGUACUCCGAACUGGCUUUUCUACUCUGAAGGGACAACUCGUGCGCUCAAUCAUGUAUCCAAAGCCUGCGGAUCCGCAAGAACUUAAAGAUAUCAUCCAAUUCAUUGUUGUUCUCAGUUCGAUCGCUCUCCUUGGUUUUGGCUACACGAUUGCAAUGAUGGUCUACCGAAACGAGUCUCUCAAACAUAUUAUAGUCCGAUCACUCGAUAUUAUCACAAUUGUGGUACCACCAGCUCUGCCAGCUGCAAUGUCUAUUGGUAUUCUGAAUGCAGACAAAAGACUCAAAAAGAAAAAGAUCUUCUGCAUCUCUCCAUCGACUAUCAACGUUUGCGGACAGAUUAAUGUGGUAGGCGGCAGAUAUUUUGAAUGUUUCUGUUAAAGUGAAUAUUAUUGCAGGCGUGCUUUGACAAAACUGGAACACUGACUGAGGACGGACUUGACUUCAGUUGCUUGAAAGCCGUCAGAAAGAAUUCCGAAGGAAAACCGGAGUUCACCGAUGAAUUCGAAACACUCGACCCGGAGAAGUUGUCGACAGAAGAUGCCAACUUGGACAUUGUCGUUGCCGCUGCCAGUUGCCACUCGCUGACCAGAAUUGAUGGUUCUUUGCAUGGCGAUCCUCUUGAAGUCAUUCUGGUCGAAAAGAGCGGAUGGUCUGUCGAGGAGCCGGUGAACUCUGACGAAGAAACUCUGGAUUUUGACAACGUCCAACCGACAGUCCUCCGUCCGCCGCCCGAGCAGUCACAAUUCCACAUAGAAAAUCACGAGUAUUCGGUUAUAAAACAACAUCCAUUCAAGUAGUUUUUAAGAAAACUGAACUCUUUCUGAAAGCUUAGGUUCAGCUCGGCUCUCCAAAGAAUGUCAGUGAUCAUCUCGACUCCUUCCGAACACAGCGCCCACGAGAUGGUGGUUUUUACAAAGGGAUCUCCUGAAAUGAUUGCCUCUCUGUGUGUUCAUGAUUCGUUGCCAGAGAAUUACAUGGUACUGCGUCAUAUUCUUGUCGCCCUCAUCUUUAUGUUCAGGAUGUGGUUGAUCAUUAUGCCCAGCAAGGAUUCCGUCUGAUUGCUGUCGCAUCCAAGAAGGUUCACAUGAACUUUGCUAAAGCAUUGAAAACGCCACGAGACGUGGUAAGUUGAACAUAGACUCGCAGAUAAUAUUGAUGAUAGUCAACUGUGUUCAGAUGGAAUCAGAUCUGGAAUUCCUUGGACUGUUUGUCAUGGAGAACCGUUUGAAGGACGCAACAUUGGGUGUCAUUAAUGAGCUCUCCGUGGCCAACAUCAGAUGCGUCAUGAUCACCGGAGACAAUCUGCUGACAGCAAUGAGUGUGGCCAGAGAGUGCGGUAUCAUCCGUCCCACUAAAAAAGCGUACCUGAUCACUCACUCGAAGGACGAGAAAGAUUUUCUCGGAAGAACCAAACUGUACAUCAAAGAGAGCGUAUCUAGCUCCGAGACCAACAUCGAUACCGAUUCGGAAAUACGAGCUUUUGACAAUAACUUUGCUUUCAACAAAUCCCAGUACCAAUUUGCUAUUGCUGGACCGACUCAAGCGGUCAUUGCACACGAAUACCCCGAGCUUGUGGAGAGAUUGACCGCCGUUUGUGAUGUGUACGCUAGAAUGGCCCCAGAUCAGAAGGCCCAAAUCAUUUAUGCCCUCCAAGCGGUUUGUUAUUUCUUAUAACGUUAGCUGAUUUGAAAUUAAAAAAUGCGUUGCAGAUUGGGGCAAAAGUAUCCAUGUGCGGAGACGGAGCAAAUGAUUGUGCUGCCCUAAAAGCCGCUCAUUCUGGUAUUUCUCUCUCAGAAGCAGAGGCUUCCAUCGCCGCUCCGUUCACGUCCGCUACUCCAAACAUCACAUGUGUUCCUGAAGUAAUCAAGGAAGGUCGUUGUGCCCUUGUGACGUCAUACUCCGUUUCAAAAUACAUGGCAGCAUACUCUCUGAACGAGUUCCUCUCGGUUAUGCUGUUGUACUGGGAGGGUACUAACAUUUCCGAUGGUCAGUUCUUGUACAUUGAUUUCGUCUUGAUCACUCUGGUGGCGCUAACUCUCGGAUACACCGCUGCAGCAACUAAGCUCAGUGCAAAACCCCCUCCAGACCGUCUUGCCAACAGUGCUUUCUACUUCGGCGUGUUCGGGCAACUAAUCAUCAACAUCAUCACUCAGGUACCAUAUUCAUUGCGGAUCUGUAGUUUUAUCAGUCUUUCAGGUGGCUGGAUUCCUUCUCAUUCGAGCUCAACCUUGGUACGUUCCGAAUAAGGAAUCUCUGGACGACCACACAACCAUGAUCGGAACUGCUGUCUUCAUGGUCAGCUGUAACAUGUACUUGGGCUACGCAUUCGUUUACUCUAAGGGACAUCCGUAUCGCCGAUUAGUCUUCACUAACUGGCUCCUUUGUACAUCUGUUUUGGUCAUUGGAAUUGUAAGUUCAUAAUAUCAAGUGAAGUCUAACAGUUUCAUUUUUCAUUUUUCAGAUCAACAUGAUUUUCAUCUUUACUAACAUUCCAUUCUUCGAAAAUAUGAUGCAGUUCGUGGACAUUCCAAAAAUGGUGUUCCGUUUGAUACUCGUUAUGAUCUCAUUCGCGGGAAUUUUUCUUUCCAUUGUUUACGAGCAAGUCUUCAUUGAGAGAUACAUCUCUAUCCACAUGGAAAGGUACGUACUAUAGUCUAGUUCACUAGCAACCAAUCCUUUAAUUUCAGAUACCUCCGAAACCGCCGUCUCAAGAAAUCGGAUCCUACUUUGCCGCCUUACGAACUCAUUCUUUCUCAAAUUGGGAGUGAUCCCUCGUGGUUCAAGAGAGGAAUCCGUUGUUCAAAUUGGUCGGACAGAAAAGAGACAGCAGAGACUGCAUGUUAA